GGCCCCCACCGCCCCCUUCUCCCGCCCCCCGCGCCGGGGCGAGGCCAUGGAGGGCAACAUGGAUUUCCAGACGGCUGCGCUCGCCGCCCCCGAGCCCGGUAGUGGCGAGGCCCUGGAGCCGCCGGCCAUGGACACGGAGGAAGGGCCCGCGAUGUGGCCUGGCGCCCCUGAGCCCUGCGUGGGUGAGGGGCAGCCGGGGGGACCCCCCUUCGCCCCCCUGCUCCCUGGCUGCGGUUCCAGGCAGGACCUGCCCGCCCCUGAGGGUCAGCGGAGGUUCCUGGGGCCCAGCUCGGGGCCUGUUUCAGUCUCGGACCUCGAAGGAGGUGGGGGCAGCCAAACUGAGCUUUGCCGGGACUUGGGAAGAGUGAUGGAAGAGGAGGCAGCGACCGCGGGGCCGCAGAGCUCUGCCGGCUGGAAGCCCAGCUCCAGGAGCACCCCCCGGGACACAGGACCCUCCCGGGAUGCAGGACCCCCCCGAGCCCCCAGCAGCGGCGACCUGACGGGCAUGGAGCUGGACGAGAUCCCCGAGGCUGGCGCCCACUGGGGCAGAACCGAGUGGGCCGAGGAUGUGGAGGAUGAACCCUCAGAGAUCCAGGGUCUGCUGGCCCAGCUCGAGACCCUCGACCCCAACCUCUGCGACCACUCGCCCACCUCAGAGCGGGGCCCACUGCCCUCCUCGAGCCCUGGCACAGCCUCUGUGGCAAGUGAGAAGGUCUGGCGGAGCUACCGGGAGUGCCGGGACAAGUGCCGGCCCUGCCAGCUGCACGUGGCCAUGGGCCGGGGCUUGGAGACGCGGCCCUGCUGCGCCCAGCACUCGGCCUGCUCCCGGCCCUGCCACGGCCUGCUCUUUGCCGAGGCCGACCAGGAGGACUUGCUGAGCCUCCUCUGCUACGAGGGGGGGCUGCCUGAGGCCAGCACCGAGACGCCCUUGGCCUGCUCCGACGUCCUGGCCGGGACCAAUCUGGAGGUGCUGCAGUCUCGGGAGGAACUGGCUGCUGUGGAGAAGCCUGAAGGGCUGGGGAGGCCAGAGGGUUCAGAGGAAGGACCUUCUGGCAGCUGGUAUUACAGAGAGGGGCUCUGUGAGGUCGACUCCACCUGCGAGGGCAAUCGGGAUGGUUUCCUGGAGCCAGCUUGGGUGGCCCUGCCUCCUGCUCUGGCCCCAGAGGCAGAGCAGCCACCCCAAGGCAGCGUGAGUAGUAACAGGGAACCCCCAUCCUCCCGCCCAGCCUUCAAAGAGGUUCCAGGCCCUUGCGACCCGGAGGAUCUGCUGGACGGUGUGAUUUUUGGGGCAAAGUACCUGGGCUCCACACAGCUGGUGUCUGAGAGGAAUCCCCCAACCAGCAUCUGCAUGGCACAGGCCCAGGAGGUGGUGGACAGGAUCAAGGCACCAGAGGGGGAGUCCCUGCCCAUGACAGCAGUGGAUCUGUUUGUCUCCACACAAAGGAUCAAGGUGCUGACGGCCAACACGCAGGAGGCCAUGAUGGAUCACUCCCUCCAGACCAUCUCCUACAUUGCCAACAUUGGCUCCCUUGUGGUGCUCAUGGUGCACCGGAAACCGCCUCGGCAGUCAGAGGCGGUGGAGGAAAAGCGGCUCUACAAGAUGAUUUGUCACGUCUUCCACUCAGCUGAUGCCCAGAUCAUCGCUCAGGCUAUCGGGCAGGCAUUCAGUGUGGCCUACCAGCACUUCCUGGAGGCUAACUGCAUCGACCCAAGCGAGCUGAGCCCUUGCCAGUACAGCCAUGCCCUCGAGGACCAGGAGCAGUACAAUGUGGAGCUGACCCACUUCUGGCAGGAGAACUGCAAGGACGUCUGCAUCUGGAAGCAGAAGGGAGAGAUCCUGGGCAUCGCCAUCAUGGAGUCGGGCUGGGGCUCCAUCCUGCCUACAGUGGUCAUUGCUAACUUGAUGCACGGUGGCCCUGCGGAGAGGUCAGGCGAGCUGAGCAUUGGGGACCACCUCACGUCUGUCAACGGGACAAGCCUGGUGGGGCUGCCCCUUGCCACCUGCCAGAGCAUCAUCCAGGAGCUGAAGCACCAGACAGAGGUGAUACUGAACAUCGUGCACUGUCCCCCUGUCACCAUGGCUGUCAUCCGGAGCCCUGACUCCAGGUACCAGCUGGGCUUCUGUGUUGAGAACGGUGUGAUCUGCAGCCUGAUGUGUGGGGGCAUCACAGAGAGAGGUGGCAUCUGUGUGGGGCACCGCAUCAUUGAGAUCAAUGGGCAGAGCGUGGUGGCAACACCCCACGAGAAGAUCAUCCAGAUCCUCACGCAGGCAGUCAGUGAGGUCCACAUCAAGACCAUGCCAGCUUCCACGUACCGCUUACUGACUGGGCAGGAACAGCCUAUCUUCCUCUGAGCUGCUGGCUGUGCCCGGCCAUCACUGCAUGUGCCUGGGGCAAGGCAGGAGUGAGCCCAGGGCCACGAGGGUGGGACAGGUGCUGCCUCCUGCCCCAGCGCACUCAUUGGAGCCCUCUGAUCCCCAGCAGGGCCUAAUCCUGCACCUCUUUGGUUUUACUCAGGAUGUAACGAGAGACUGGGGGGCCUGAUACCCAGCUUGAGCAGUGUCAGGGCCUAUGGUGCUGCGGUUUGGGCAUCUCCUCCCCCUCCAUUCACCCCUCCCUGCUUCACAGUGCCUGUCCCGCUGCUUCACAAGGUCCCUUGCCUUGGCCUGCUGCCAGCAGGAGGAGAGGGGACCCCAUGUGAAAGGUCACCCCAUCCAGUCACCACAGAGUGCUUAUACACUCAACAACAGUGCCUUUCCCCAUGUGGGGAUGGUGCUGGAAGCACAGCUCCAGGUCAUGCCCUAGCACAGCCCCAGAGCAGCGCUGACCCCGCACACCAGUGUGUAGGUGCAUGCUGGUACUUGAGGGAGAGCCAGCAGGUCCCGGCCUCAGCCUUAAGGGCAAUGGCACCCCUAGCACCCAUUCCUUCUCCCUGACUUUUCCAGGGGCCUAUCGGGGGUGCAAACAAUGUCCCUCUUAGAUCUGUUAUACUGAGCUGGGAGACUACCUCUGUUUUUCCUUGGUGCUGCCUUUAACCGCUCUACAUGCCCAGCCCAGCCUGCCAGGGCAUGGGCUCACAGCCCUUGGGGCUGUCCCUUGGCACAGCGAAAGGGAACAUGGCACUGCCCAAUACCACAUCCUAGGGAGCCUGGGGUCAUCAGCCUCAAGGACCAGCCCCUGGUGAUGUGUCUUUUCAUGAGUGGGUCUCUGGGCCCCUAUGGACAAGGCAGCACUGGCCCAGCUUUGCCUGUGUGCUUGCUUGGUUUAUGUAAAAAUAAAAGUUUUGGGGGAAUG